CGGCGCUGAUUAGCGAAUCUGGAAUCGCCUGAUGAAAGCCCACUUGUGAUUCGCUCUAAGUAGACUAAAGCCCCUGUGGGCUGAAACAGGCCGGACUGAGAGGUGUCAAGAUCUCUGUGCCUUGGGUCUGAGACCUCAUCUGUCCAGGAGAGGACCACUCCUGAGAUACGAUCCUGUCACUCCUUCACUUGACUUCUGUGGACUUGCCAGCACUGCUUCAUUUAUUCAUCCAACAAAUAUUUAUUGCUGAUAAUCUCUGUGGAAAUAACUGGGGAGAUCUGUAGUGAGCAAGACAGAGGUCUCUGCCCUCUUGGAGUUUACCAUUCUAGCUGGAGAGACAAAGGACUGAGGAGUUUGCCUCCUUUUAAGAAUAAAAAAUCAACAAAAGAGUGGGCCAUUUCUGUCUCGUGACUGUCCAGUGAGUCACAGCUCACACCACAGACUUAAUCUGAGAGGCCCCUGGGACUCUUGGGUCCCGACGCCUCUUACAGCCCUUGGAAAGUCCAACUUCUGGGUUGUGGGAAGACAAACCAGAACUCAGAUGCCAAACCUGAACUGACCCACACGGAGCAGAAAGCCACUGCUCAGUCCUCACCAAGGAGAAAGGAGACCCAGGAGCGUGCCGAAGUCGGACGGUACCCGGGACAGCUCAUCACACCGGUCACCUGCCUGUCUCCACGCAUGGCCGGCACCGUGCUGGGCGUGGGGGCCGGCGUGUUCCUCCUCGCCCUGCUCUGGGUGUCGGUGCUGCUGCUGUGUGUGCUGUUGUCCAGAGCCUCCGGGGUAGCUAGGUUCUCUGUCAUUUUCGUGUUCCUCGGGGCUCUGAUUGUCACCGCUGUCCUGUUGCUCUUACCCCGAGCCAGCGAAUUCCCAGCCCCCAAGGCUGAGAUGAAGAUUGUGGAUGCCUUUUUCAUCGGCCGCUAUGUCCUGCUGGCUUUCCUCACUGUUGUCUUCCUUGGAAGCCUCUUCUUGGUGCUAAUCCAUCACAUCCUGGAACCAAUCUAUGCCAAACCACUGCGGUCCUACUGAGCACCCUUCAGGAAAACCAGACCCUGUCCUCUCCCUCACUUUGAUGUCACUGAUGAGCAGAAAGACACUGUUCAGAGCCUUGUUUUGACAGCCUUCAUACCUUAAGAUCAGAGGAACAUCCAUCCAUCACUAAGACAAACCCUGUGAGUCCUGGCUUGCAGAAACGGUUGCAAAGUUGCCCCUGGGGAGAGAGUCGCACCAGUUCAGGAGGGAUAUUGCUGUCUUCUUAGCCCCGGUACCUCAGGUUUUCAAUCUCUUUUGAAAGGGAAACAGCAACAGUGAUUUGCUUAGAGCAGAUUUUCAAUCAAGACAUCAGUAAGUGAAUUUGGGGGAAAGGAGCACUUUGGCUUCUGCUGUCCAGUAGAUGGAAAAACCUGGUCCUUUUUGAUAACAUGUAAAAUUCUUAGUUACAAGGUCAAGAUCAUUUGAAAGGGAUAGGCACCAAAGUUCGAAAGGUAAUUUUCACGUGAUGACCCGGAAAUGUUCAAGUGUCGGUUAGGACCACUCUGCAUAUCACGACUCAGGGCUCUACAAGGGUAAUGGUGUCCCUUCCUUCUGCUCCCAAGAAAGUCAGCAGCAGCCAGAAGACUGACUUCCACCCCAAACUCCUGGCCACAGCUUUCUGAAUCUACUGUUUCUAUGUUUGGGGUUUACUCGGGGAUUAGAGGCAGGAUAUGGAGAUGUCGGUGGUUUGUCUUGCUGCUCUGUCUCUCUGGAUUCUUUUUCUUCCAGGAUUCAGUAGCCUUUGUUGCCUUAUUUAGUUACUAUAAGAGCCCAUUUGGGGUAACUGUCUUCUCUUUCAUCUUUGUAGCUCUUUCUCCAAAGCUGGUGAGGAAUGUCUGUUCCUAGGAUCAGAUAUACCUUAUACUUUACACCUAAGCCCCUAGCUGAAGUGAAAUGUGUCAUUACACGGAGUGGCUCUGGGCUGGUUCCACUUUGGAAGUCUCAUCCCGGCUCCCGAGAGCUGUUUAAAGAAGGAUCUUCUGGCUUAAAAUGAAAAGCCAGAAAAAAAAUUGGAAAAAGGACUUUGAUUGAGGACAUGCUAUGUGCCAGUAGUACACUAGUCUAUUUUUUUUAAUUUUUGUCACCAAUGUAAAUGACAGACUUGUGUGUUAAGAACAGUAAUGCAUUUCAUACAAAGGGUAGUUUAGCCCGACCUGCCUUCUGUUGGCCCCAUAACUACCAGCAGAGGUGAAACGGAUGCUAGGUUACUUUCUGCCUUCAUACUCGAAGUCCCCACAGGGUUGGGAUAAGAAGUAGAAUGCUGGGAGGCCCAACAUGAAUUUCACUGAGUUCUACAUGGGGCGCCCCGAUAACCAGUGCCGAAUAUGGCCCCCCUUGUUUUCACGGCCUUCCUGGGGGCGAGGCUUAGAGGGCAUCCCUUAAACACGAACCACCUCAUUCAUGGUUCUUUGAGCAAUGGUCUUGGAGCAGGUUGUGCAACCCAGAGGGGAUCCCAUGACAGACUGUGAUGAUCCCACUGUUGGGAAGUGGGGGAGGGAGGGUGAAUCAGGGUUUUUAUAUAAGAAAACAGGUUAUUUCAUAGCCUCUUAAAACUGUGUCCUGACAAAAACUAAAUUAGCAGGAGGCCACCCUAUCCCCACAAUGGAGAUGUUCGUCUGAUCCACUAGGUGGCGCUGUGUGUUACGCUUUAGAAGUCUCAAGCCACCAAAACACACUAGGUUAAUUUUUUGAGUUCCUUGUGUUUCUCGCUUAUAAAAUAGAAGUAAAGCUAACAUUUUUUGCUGAUGCACGGGAUCUGAUAUUUCAUCUAAAAAUUAAUCAAACUUACUGUAAGAUGCUCAGUUAUCAGGGAGUGCUCAGCCAUUCAUCCACACUGCACAGAGCAGGUGUCACCAUUCACUCAGCAUCCACUGUGUGCCUCCUGGGGGUAAAGCAUGGUUCUGCUGCAGUAAAUCAGCCCAAGGAUGAGACUCUGAGGAAUCUAGGCUGUCUUCUUCACUCCCACCCUGGGAGAAGGGCAUCCAAAUCAUUUAACAGUAUUUUAAUUCUUUAAGAAUUUUUUAUAUUUUUAUUGAACUGCAGUUGAUUUACAGUGUUAGUUUCAGGUGUCCAGCAAAGCGAUUCAGCUAUACAUAUACAUACAAUUAUAUUUUCUUC